AUGGGCAGGGGGCUGCAGGGCCAGACGGGCAGUGGGCAGCGCCCGCCUGCCCCGUCCCUCUCCUUCUCCCUAGCAGUGGACCAUUUUCAGAGACUCAGCGUGUCCGGUACGUACCCACCUCGUCCGCGUGUGGGCGCCCGCGCGACACCUGUGACUGGAGAAAUGAUCCGCACCGCACCGCCGUGGCCGUGA